CCAAAUCAACAUCUGCCUAAAUGCAUAAAUUCCCGUGCAUGAUUAACUGAAUUUAAGGUUAUGUGUUUGAGCUGUUUCAGAUUUCGUUUUCAGUAUGUGGGCGUGGAUGGUGCGGAUAACAGGGGAUGCGCCGCUGGCUGAACUCAGACAGCUCCAGGCAAAACACACACACACACGCGCGCGCGCGCGCGCGCCUCCUGCUUGUCUCCCCUUUCACACAGAUCCCAUCUCGUCUUUCCAUGAUUUCGUCCUUUUCUCCUUCCAUCGCCUCUAGCUGCAGGAGCCUUUGUAUUAAGUUGUUAUUCUUGCACCUGCAGACAGCGUCUUUGUCUCGGAGGAAACCUCCUCUGCCUCCGCCCUCCUUCCCACGGCUUCCGAUAGACAUUCCUGCGGAUCAAAGAUCGCAUUCAUCCGUCCUUAUGGAAAGUGCUGUUCGUGACAGGUGCGCCAGUGCGCUGUGAAAAAGGCGAGUAAGCGCCCACCAUGGCCCCGCUGCCGCCGCUGCUGCUGCUGCUGCGGGCGGCUUGAAGGAUGGAGGAGACGCCGAUGCCGCAGCCAUGGCCAGAUCAGCACAUAUCGGCACCGGGGACGGUGACUCCCGGGUGUCGGCCCCGCAGGACCGGCCAGAGGUUCGGGAUUUGUCCGACCCGCGGGAACUGUCUCUGGAAGAAGUGCUGAAAUCCUACGAGCAGCCGAUCAAUGAAGAGCAGGCUUGGGCGGUGUGUUACCAAUGCUGCAGCCGCUUCAGCAAACCGCUCUCUGCCGCCAGCUUCCGAGCACCAGCCCGGGUCAAAGAUCCAUCCUCGAUUCUCCUGCACCGAGACGGAACCGUGACCCUGCGAGCGGAUCCCAGCCACGAUGGUAGCACACCUCCCCUCAAGCCUAUCCCUCAGCGCCAGAUGGUUCAGUCCCUGGGCGUGGCCAUUUACCGGGCCCUGGACUGGGGAUUGGACGAGAGCGAGGAGCGGGAGUUGAGCCCGCAGCUAGAGCGGCUCAUAGAGCGCAUGGUCGGGGGGGAUGAGGGUGGCGAGUCGACAGGCGGUGGUGUGGCGGAUGAAGGUUACAGCGGCCAAGAUGAGGAGGAGGAGGAGGAGGAGGAGGAGGAAGAUGGGACGCUGCGUGCGGUGUGCUCCUUUCGCCAGGUGAUGGUGCUGUGUGCCUCCCGGCUGGCCAACCCCACCCAGGCCCCGGAGCAUUACCAGGCAGUGUGCCGCGCCCUCUUUGUGGAGACCCUGGAGCUGCAGACCUUCCUGACCAAGAUCCGGGAUGCCAAAGAGAUGCUGAGGAAGAUUCGAUCUGAGGAGCCGGAGGAGGACCGGUCCACGGCAGAGCUCGAUGCCCUCAAACACAGGGACUGGGUAGGAGACUGGGAAUGCUGGGGAAUUUUGAUGGCGACACUGGCUGAGGCAGCGGUGCAUGUCCAGGCUGUAAUGGAAGCGUCAGCAGAUGUGUGUGUAUGUUCGGCACUGCAGGCUCGCCUCUGGGUGCAGCUCAUGAAGGAGCUGCGGCAAGGCAUCAAGCUGAAGAAGGUCCAGGAGCAGCAGUUUGAUCCGCUGCCCACUGAGUUCCGCCUCACGCCGUUCGAGAUGCUGAUGCAGGACAUCCGCGCCCGCAAGUACCAGCUACGCAAGGUCAUGGUGGAUGGAGACAUCCCCACACGGGUGAAGAGAGAUGCUCAUGAGCUCAUCCUGGACUUCAUCAGAUCCCGACCCCCCUUGAAACCAGUAUCAGAGCGGAGUCUGCCCCCCCCUCCACUGGAGCAACAGUCCUUGCAUGAGCAGAUCCUUGCUGAGAUCAAACAGGAGCGCAAACUCAAGCCCGUGGACCUCCCCUGUUCCAAAAGGCCAUUCGGCUCUCUGCCCUGCCUGCUCCACUCCUGCCCGCAUGACGUCAAGUCCACGUCCUGCAUUGACCUGUCCGUGUCAGAAGUGGGGGGUCGUCCCCUUCCUCGGCCCCGUGUGCUGCUGAAGGCCCCCACCCUGGCCGAGAUGGAGGAGAUGAACCUUUUCGAGGAGGAAGAGUCCCCAGGCAGCGUGGAGCUCCGCCGCGCCGAGAGUUCGCCCACACCUCUGAAGCGUGACCGCUCCUUCUCGGAACAUGACCUGGCUGGCCUCCGGGGGGAGCUGCUGCCCUCGCUGUCUGACUCCGCCCACCUGGGCGGGGCUGCACCUCGCAGAGGGGAGCGGCCGAGGGCGUGCACCCUGGGGGGGGGAGGCGCACCCCCACUGCAUCGCGCUUCAUAUCCCAUGCAAGGCUGGCUGACCCCCUCUCCUGGGCGCUAUUCUCCCGCUCGUAACUCCUUGAGCUCCGUGGACGAAAGGAUGGAAGCAGCGGAGAGCUCGUCGCCCACACAGGAGGGCCAGAAGCACCAGUGGAUGGAGGAGUUCAGUCACCCGGUGGAGAGUCUGGCCUUGACGGUGGAUGAAGUCAUCAAUGUGCGCCGGGUACUGGUGAAGGCUGAAAUGGAGAAAUUCCUACCAAAUAAAGAUCUGUACAACAGCCUGCGUAAGGGCAAGGUCUGCUGCUGCUGUAAAGUGAAAUUCCCUCUCUUCUCCUGGCCGUCCACCUGUCUCCUGUGUAAGAGGUCAGUCUGUGGGUCCUGCAGUGCCAAGAUGAAGAUCCCCUCGAAGAAAAUGGCACACAUCCCAGUCUACACAGUGGGUUUCGAGAGCAACCUGAGCGGUCACUCCCGAAAGAGCGAGGUCUUCAAGUCCCUGCGCAGCCUGUCCCGUCACUCCGUGGAAAUGGAAUUCCCUCACCUGUACGCCCACGGCUGCAGCCUGCGUGAUGUCUGCUCCGACUGCACCAAAUUCGUAGCGGACGUCAUCUCAUCAAGCCGCCGCAGCCUGGACAUCCUGAACAACACCCCCAAAAGGGAGAGGGGCAUUCCACUGCAGCGCCCCCUCUCGCACCCACAAGGCACGACAAGGUGUUGCAAGUGAAGGGAAGACUGACUGGUCCAUCACCCCCUGCCCCCUUGCUCGGCAUCCCAGCCUCGGUUUGCGCCCCCUCCUGCCUGACUGCUGCAACUGCACCUGUGCCGUGCUUGUUUGCACCUGGCUAGACUACCGCCCCCUCGCCCCACCCUCACUCCUACCCCCAUUCUUUUUUUCCACAUCUAAGGGUGAGGAGUGUGCAGGGUGGAGAUGUCAGGAGCCUUUGGUCAUGUCGUGGACACGCUCCUCUUAGUACAGAAUCUCUGUGUGUCCCUGUCCGGAGGCGGUAUGGUAGGCGUGGCUCGGAUGGACGGCUAGCAGUAUGGCUGCCAUGGCGAUGGGCGGUAUCUGCACGCAAGACAUCCUUUACACUAGAGUGUAACAGGAUGUCAGGGCGCAAAUGUAUGAAUGCUUCAGCGGCUACUGAUUUUGCUUAUAUUUUGAAUUGAAAUCUUUAUAUUUCCUUUUAAAGAAUGACUUAAAUGUAUAUGUUUGUGCUAAACACAAUAAGGUUAUACGAUAUCACCAUAGCGUAAAAGAAGCAUCUCAGUACACCUCCGAAAGUGUUUUUAUAUUUCAGUAGUUCUAACUUCCCCUGCAGAUUUUCUGUGCCGUCAUGUUAGAAAAAGCUCGGUUUACAUUGUGCGGCUGCUUGGUAUCUUGAACACGCUGGGGACACCCCCCCCCUCCCACCGCC